AUGGGAACAUUAAUUGGAGUGUAUCUUCCUACUCUUCAAAAUAUUUUCGGCGUAUUGCUAUUUCUCCGUUUGACAUGGAUAGUUGGUAGUGCUGGUGUCCUUCAAGCUUUCUUAGUAGUUGCCUUAUCCUGUUGUACAACUUUGUUAACGGCAAUAUCAAUGAGUGCUAUUGCAACAAAUGGCAAAGUACCAGCUGGUGGUUCGUACUUUAUGAUUUCUCGCUCUUUGGGUCCAGAAUUCGGUGGCGCAGUAGGAAUACUAUUUUACUUGGCAACGACUUUCGCCGCUUCAAUGUACAUUUUAGGAGCUAUCGAAAUCUUAUUAGAAAUGUUUAACAACAUGAGAGUUUACGGAACAAUCCUUUUACUCAUUCUGUCGCUCAUUGUCUUUAUUGGUGUACAAUAUGUCAAUAAAUUCGCGUCCUUUUUUUUGGCAUGCGUUAUUGUGUCUAUUAUAUCUAUUUAUAUUGGGGUCAUUGUUGCCAAUCCCGACAUUGGACCAAGGAUUUGCCUGAUUGGAGAUAAACUGUUGAUGAGUGGUAACUACACCUGCUCACCAAAUUCAACAUUUUUGAGUGAUCUCUAUAAUGCAUCAGAAUUAGCUCUCUUAAGAGAGAUACCUGGAAUUCCCGGAAUAGCCAGCGGGAUUUUCACAGAGAAUGCACUCAGUAAAUAUAUGUCUAAAGGUGAAACCACUCCAGGUGUAAAAGCUGUAGGAAAUCAAGUCGCAGCCGAUAUUACAACAUCUUUUACGGUUUUAAUUGCAAUCUUCUUUCCUUCCGUUACAGGAAUUAUGGCGGGCUCCAAUAGAUCUGGUGAUUUAGAUGAUGCACAAAAAUCAAUUCCGAAAGGAACAAUUGCAGCAAUUGUCACUACAUCUCUGGUAUACCUGACUUGUGUCCUUCUUAUGGGAGCAACAAUUGAAGGCCCUUUGUUAAGAGAUAAAUUUGGUACAAGCCUAAAAGGUUCCCUCGUUCUUGGUGAACUAUGCUGGCCACAUCCAUGGGUAAUGCUGAUUGGGUCUUUCUUAUCUACUGUUGGUGCAGGAUUACAAAGUUUAACUGGAGCUCCACGCUUAUUGCAAGCUAUUGCCAGCGAUAGUAUCAUCCCUAUACUAGACUUCUUCAAAGUAACCUCAAAGAGUGGAGAACCAACAAGGGCUCUAAUAUUAACCUUUUUCAUUGCGGAGAUUGGAAUUAUAAUUGCUAGCUUAGAUAGUGUAGCACCAAUUAUUACAAUCUUUUUCUUGAUGUGCUACUCAUUUGUUAAUCUGGCUUGCACCCUCCAAUCUCUUUUAAAAGCACCGAGUUGGCGACCACGAUUUAGAUACUUUCAUUGGACUGGGUCAUUAAUUGGGCUAGGACUUUGUAUCGCCAUGAUGAUCAUUACUGGGUGGUAUUACGCUUUGGGAGCGCUUGCUAUAGCUUGCAUCAUAUAUAAAUACAUUGAAUAUUCGGGUGCGAGAAAAGAGUGGGGUGAUGGACUACGGGGAUUAGCCAUGCAAACUGCGCGUCAUAGCCUCUUACACCUAGAAGAUGGUCCGCCACAUACAAAAAAUUGGAGGCCACAAUUGUUGGUUUUGGCCAAAUUGAAUAAGCACUCAGAAAAUCCACUGCACCAGCGAAUGCUAAGUUUUGCCUCACAGCUGAAAAAAGGCAAAGGACUGACAAUAGCAGCUUCUGUGGUAGAAGGCGACGUUACCAAUAAUGCCGCACAAGCGGACGAAGUGAGAGAGACUCUGAAAGGUUGUAUGAGCGAAGAAAAAAUUAAGGGCUUUACAGAUGUAAUCGUUUCCAAAGAUGUCGUUCAGGGACUGUGUGAUCUUAUUCAAAGUUGUGGUAUGGGUGGCUUGAAGCCAAAUACAGUUGUUCUGAAUUGGCCUGAUAAUUGGCCUUCGAAAUCGUCAUGGCGAUUACUUGUACGAGUUAUCCGAACGGCAUUAGCAAAGAAGAUGGCAAUCGUUAUCCCUAAAAAUAUCAGCCUUUUCCCUGAACGAAGUGAUAGACUUAAUGGAAAUAUCGAUAUAUGGUGGAUUGUUCAUGAUGGUGGUCUUUUAAUGCUUCUGCCAUUCUUAUUUAAGCAGCACAAAGUUUGGCGAAAUUGUCGUUUACGAAUCUUUACUGUUGCUCAAAUGAAAGAUAAUAGUAUUAAAUUGGAACAGGAUAUGAAAAAGCUUGUAUAUGAUCUAAGAAUUGAUGCUUAUGUAGAAGUUGUUGAGAUGACUGAUAACGAUAUAUCGGCAUAUACGUAUGAAAGAACUUUGCGAAUGGAACAAAGGAAUGAAGUUUUAAAUAAGAUGAAGCUUUCGAGAAAAGAGCAAGAUAAGUGUGCUGUAGGUAUUAAUUGUAUGACAUGGACAUCACAUUUUCCUAUACUUCUUAUUACGUUGUGUUUCGAAGGCAAUCUAAGGCGCAUGGAUGCCGCUGUGAAGCUUAAUAGAGUCAUUGUAGAAAAGUCAACUGAUGCUGAAGCAGUAUUUAUUAAUUUACCUGUCCUUCCCAGCUCAGAUUCUGAGGACAGAAAUUAUCUGGAAUUCAUUUCUGUGUUAACCGAUAAACUAUCAAGGGUAGUUAUGGUUGCUGGCGGUGGUGCCGAAGUCAUUACCUUCUUAUCGUAA